AUGAGCGGAAGGCGAGCAGUUACCACCCUUCUUCGCGCUGCAGCGCAGGCGCGUCGGUAUUCGUCGUCGUCGUCAUCCGUGGCGACAGCGCAUCAGCCGGCGGUGUUCGUGGAUAAGACGACACGUGUGUUGUGUCAAGGCAUCACCGGAAAGAACGGCACGUUCCAUACGGAGCAGGCUAUCGAGUACGGCACCAACAUGGUGGGCGGCGUAGUCCCGAAGAAGGGCGGGUCGGAGCACCUGGGGCUGCCCAUUUUCAACACCGUCGAGGAGGCCAAGAAGGCCACCGGCGCGAACGCGUCCGUGAUCUACGUGCCGCCGCCAUUCGCGGCGGCGGCGAUCAUGGAGGCGAUGGAGGCGGAGCUGGACCUCGUCGUGUGCAUCACCGAGGGCAUCCCGCAGCACGACAUGGUGCGCGUGAAAGCGGCGCUGAUGCAGCAGAGCAAGACGCGGCUGAUCGGCCCCAACUGCCCUGGCAUCAUCAAGCCGGGCGAGGCUAAGCUGGGCAUCAUGCCCGGCUACAUCCACAAACCAGGACGCAUUGGGAUUGUCUCGCGCUCCGGCACCCUCACCUACGAGGCCGUGUACCAGACGACGCAGGUGGGGCUGGGGCAGUCGACGUGCGUGGGCAUGGGCGGCGAUCCAUUCAACGGCACCAACUUCGUCGACUGCCUUGACAAGUUCAUCAAGGACCCGCAGACUGAAGGCAUCAUUCUGAUCGGUGAGAUCGGAGGCAGUGCGGAGGAGGACGCGGCAGAGUUCAUCAGGGCGAGUGGCACCACCAAGCCCGUCGUCUCCUUCAUCGCCGGCCUCACUGCCCCGCCCGGCCGCCGCAUGGGGCAUGCCGGAGCGAUCAUCAGCGGGGGCAAGGGCACGGCGCAGGACAAGAUUAAGGCACUGGAGGGCGCGGGGGUGACGGUGGUGCGCUCGCCUGCUCAGAUCGGCAACGCCAUGUUCGCUGCCUUCAAGGAGCGUGGCCUCGUGUAG